AUGGCGACGGUGUCCACACCGGCAGUAUCACCGGCCGGUGGCGUGCGCACAUGCAUGGGUUCCGGCGCAAAUGCAUGGGUUCCGGCCAAGAUGCGCGCGGCUGAAGGCGGCCUUGGGUAUGAAGCAGGAAUGCUUCAGGGUGGUGCACAGGCCGCUGUGUCAGGCGUUGUUGCCGCGCCUGAAUACUAUUAUCCGCAGGGACCUUACCAGUAUGAUCCGUACUAUGGCAGCCUGAUGUAUAACCAGCCGGUGGCGGCAGCAGCACCGACGGUGGCCGGUGGCCAGGCCCGCUUGGCACUCCCCACAGAAAUCAUGGAAGAGGAGCCGGUGUACGUCAAUGCGAAGCAAUACCACUGCAUACUGAGGCGACGCCAGCAGCGAGCCAAGGCAGAAGCAGAAAACAAGCUGAUCAAAACACGCAGACCCUACCUGCACCAGUCACGGCACAACCACGCGACGCGGCGCAUACGCGGGGCGGGCGGCCGCUUCCUGACCGCGCAGGAGGCGAGGGCCCUGGAGCUGUCAGGGGAGAUCAGCGGCAACUCCAACAGUGGCGCAGCAUCCAGCCAGCCCAGCGACAGCCAGGCAGACAGCAGGAACCAGCAGCCCAACGGCCCUGCAGACUCUGUCUUCCUGCCUGCUGCGCCAGAUGCUGACCGGGAUGGCAUGCAUGCAUCAGAUUCAGCGCCGUCACCCUCACAGGGGGAGGCCACCAUGCAGCAACAGGCGUCACAGCAGAACCACAUGGCUCAGAGUGUUGGAGUCCAGCAGACACUGGACCAGGCGAUGAACAGCCAGCUGGCAGCAGGGGCUGCUGUCAGGGUGCAGUAA